ACUAUAAAAAGGCAAGGCAGCUGAGUAAAAAACCUGCACAGAUGCUUUGGAGCAGUCUGUGAGUGACACCAGACAACACCUAUCUGGAAUCUACCAGAAGGGUGGAAAAACACCAUGAAACUUGCCCUCCAAGCCACGCUGUCCUUUGGGCUCCUGGCACUGUGCCUUGCAACCUCCCCAGUAAGAUGGUGUGUAACCUCAGCCCCUGAGCAAACAAAAUGUCAAAGACUGCAAACGUGCUUCAGCAACCAACAAGGGGAAAACGUGCCACAGUUGAGCUGUGUGAAGAAGUCUGAUGUCCAUGAAUGCAUAAAAGGCAUUGCAAACAAUGAAGCUGAUGCCAUCAGCCUGGACGGAGGCCUAAUUUUUGAAGCAGGCAUGGCCCCUUACAACCUGAGGCCCGCUGUAUCUGAAGUCUAUACCACAAGUGCAGGAGAAUCUGUUACCAGUUACUAUGCAGUGGCCGUUGUGAAGAAAGGAACAGUUGCUUCGCUUGCUGAUCUCAAAGGGAAGAAAUCUUGCCACACUGGCUUGGGCCGAUCUGCAGGCUGGAAUAUUCCAAUAGGGACCCUUGUGGCUAAAAAAAUAAUACAAUGGGAAGGAGCAGAUACAGAACCAAUAGAAAAAGCUGUGGCCAGAUUUUUUGCUGCUGCCUGUGUCCCAGGUUCCUCUGAAAGAAAUCUGUGCCACUUAUGUGCUGGAAAAGGUGACAAGAAAUGUAGCCGAAAUGAUCCUUUCUCUGGAUAUUCAGGAGCUUUAGAGUGUCUGAAGUCUGGAGCUGGAGAUGUGGCCUUUGUGAAAGAUGCAACAGUAUUAGCUCUUUCUCCAGAUGAGAGGAGCAACUAUGAGCUGCUCUGUGAAGAUGGCACCAAGAAACCCAUUGAAGAGUAUCAGCAGUGUAACCUGGCUAGGGUUCCUGCUCAUGCUGUGGUGGCACGAACUGUGGAUGGUCGGGCAGAUGCCAUCUGGACACUCCUCUCUAAUGCUUUGGAACGGUAUUCCAAGCACAACCAAGCAGAGUGUCAACUUUUUGGUCCCGCUGAGGGUGUCCUCAAAGACCUCAUGUUUAAAGAUUCUGCUGUCAAUCUUCGCCGUGUUCCUGAUGUUAUGGAUUUUCAUUUCUACCUGGGGAACCAGUAUUAUACUUCUGCUCAGAGUCUCAGAAUAGAGAGAAUUGCUCCUGGUCCUGACACAGCAAACAGAAUUGUGUGGUGUACCGUGGGCACAGCUGAGAAGACAAAGUGUGACUUGUGGAGCGGAGUAAGCAAUGGUGCCAUCGACUGUGCUGUGUCUGAAACUACAGAAGAAUGUAUCAUCAAGAUCAUAAAAGGUGAAGCUGAUGCCAUAAGCUUGGAUGGUGGACACAUCUACACAGCAGGAAAGUGUGGCUUGGUUCCAGUAUUGGCAGAAGUCUACUCUCCUGACAAUGGUGUAUGCAACCAGCCAGAUCGUGAGACAACAGUUAAGGGCUAUACUGCUGUAGCAAUAGCAGAAGCAUCCAAACCCGACAUCACAUGGAAGACCCUUAAAGGAAAGAAGUCCUGCCACACUGGGGUUGAUAGAACUGCUGGCUGGAAUAUCCCUAUGGGCUUGAUUUACAAUGAGAACAAUCAAGAUUGUGACUUCGGUAAAUUUUUCAGCGAAGGCUGUGCACCGGGAGCACCAGCUGACUCUCCACUGUGCAGGCUGUGUAAGGGCAGUGGCGGGGAAGGCAGUAUCUCUGACAAAUACAAGUGUAAACCCAACAGCAAUGAGAUAUUCUAUGGUUAUAACGGUGCUUUCCGGUGCUUGAUUGAGUCAGGAGAUGUAGCCUUUGUUAAACACAGCACACCCUUUGACAACACAGGAGACAACAAACCAGCUUGGGUAGGCGACAAAGGGCCUAAUGACUUUGUAUUGCUGGCACGUGAUGGUCGCCGCUGUCCAAUUUCUGAAUACUUAACAUGUGGUCUGGCCACCGUUCCUACUCAUGGUGUAGUAACACGACCUGACCAGGCAGAUAAUGUCCGCCGCGUGAUGCUCCAACAACAGAUAUAUUAUGGAAACACUGGAUCUGAUAAAGAGGUCUUCCAAUUGUUCCAAUCUGAUACCAAAGACAGUUUGUUCAAAGAUGGUACUGUGUGCUUAGCUACUCCAAAAGAAAAGACCUAUGAGGCCUAUCUUGGCAAGCAGUACAUGGAUUCUGUGGCUGGACUCAAAGAGUGCUCACCUUCAGAACUCCUUAAGGCCUGUCUGUUCCACCAGUAGUAUAACUGAUAUUAACUGCAGUUCCUGGAAAUGAAAAAGAAAACUUGGAUUCUUCAUUCUUCUUGUCCAAACUUGAGGAAUCUGUUCUAUUUGCUCUUUUCUCAUUAAUAUUGAAACAGAAACUUUGAACUUCUCCUUGUAUGGCUUUGCAACUCAUUGGUGUCACUAGGGCAAAAUAAAUAAAUAAAAUUAACAUUCUUGAUUUAA